AUGUCGCUUAGGCAAGACCGGCUGGUGAAGGAGCUGCGCAAAUGGCGCAAGAAACCCCUGUUCGGGUUCUACGCCAGACCCAGCCGCACCCGCCAGGGCGUCCGCGACAUUAAAAUAUGGGAGUGCGGAAUCCCCGGCAAGGUCGGAACCAUGUGGGAGGGCGGGCUUUUCAAAAUGAAGAUGUUCUUUCCUGAAGAGUAUCCAAACAAGCCUCCAAAGUGCCAAUUCGACCCCCCUCUGUUCCAUCCGAACGUCUACCCCAAUGGAGUCAUAUGCCUCUCGAUCCUCAACCCGCAGGAAUCCUGGUCCGCGGUGUUCUCGAUCAAAGAGAUCUUGCUGGGGGUGCAGGAGCUGCUGGAUAAUCCGAACCUGAUGUCGCCUGCGCAAACCCCGUCAUAUCAGCUGUGCAAGAAGGAUCCGGAUGGGUAUCGAAGGAAGAUUCAGCAGGUGGUUCAGGAAAACUUGCUUCAUCAGGUCUGAUGUGGGAGGACAAGGUGGA